CGAUCACGAUCACGAACACGAACACGAUCACGAACACGGUGAUUGAAUGCCUCGAUCCCCCUCUCACACCAAUCCAUCUCACCUUUCCUCCCUCCUUUCUGCCAUCAUCACCCGCGCACCACGCUCACUCUCAAGGCGGGCAUUCGCACGCACGCACGCACGCACUCACGCACGGCCUUCCACCUCCCACCUCCAGCACGCAACACCCACAAGCUGGCAUACACCAAUCCAUCACCGCGGCCGAGUAGAGGAAGCGGACAGGGAGCUCAAAGGUGGGAUCGCAAGUUCCAUGUGCAGGUAAUUGGUUGCCCAUCAUGUCGUACAAGAUCAGUCCAAAGACAUGGAGUCAGCUUCAUCACUUUGCAUCCUUCCCACAAACGGGCAUCAGUCUGGCACAGAUGGUCGCUUUCGGAAGGAAUCUCAAUCCGGGCACCGUCAUGCAGGCAGGCAGCUUCCUAGCUGAGGAGCUGCCCAUCCGACUUGCGCAUCGAGUCAAGGAGCUGGACGAGUUGCCAAAAGGCUUGAAUCAGAUGCCCUCCAUCAGUCGCGUCCGCGAUUGGUACGCCCAGUCUUUCGAAGAACUGAUCCAAUUUCCAAGGCCGCAGCUACCUCCAUCAAUCCGCGAUCAGCUAGCAUCCUCCGUCUCGCACAACGCAGCAGGCUUGCCAGGCUCAACACCCAAUCCAGCCUUGUCAGAGGAGGGCAACGACAUCGAGGAAGGCAGAGCGAGCGAAUCAGAGAGGCUGGAACGCAUCGCUGGAUCAUCAGCUUGGUUGGCAGAGAACAAGGAUAAUGUCGAGGCGAGCGAGGAGAGGAUGAGGGAGAGGGCGAGGGAGCUGCACGAAGCUGGAAUCGCGAUGAGCUCGUCUGCCAGCGGUUACGCAACCGCAACCACGGAUGCGGGCAAGAAAAGGAUCCCCAUUCAUCAUCGUUACUAUGCGGAUCACGCGAAUAUCAAGCAGUGGCCGCCAGAAGUGAUCGAUUGGAAUGAAAGCUUUACACAGUGCCUCGACAAGAUCAAAAAGCGGCACGAUGCUGUAGUGACCACUGUCGCGCAAGGAGUGUUGGAGUACAAACGCGCACGACGGGGUCAGAACAUUCAAGCGGACGUGCAGCGAUUCUUGGACCGCUUCUACAUGUCGCGCAUCGGCAUCCGAAUCCUCAUCGGACAACACAUUGCUCUGGCCCGCACAUCACCUGACCAAGCGACCACGCUUGAUGGAGACCCCAUUCAGCAAUCUCGCAUUUCUGCCCCCCCGAGCGGAGGCGCCGCCGGUGUUGGGCCCAACGGAGGCGAGCCGGAAAAGUAUGUGGGCAUCAUCUGCACAAACACGAAUGUUGGGGCUAUCGCGCACGAGGCAAUCGAGAAUGCGAGAUUCGUCUGCGAGGAACACUAUGGGCUUUUCAAGGGACCACCUGUGCAGCUCAUCUGUCCAAAGGAUUUGACGUUCAUGUACGUGCCAAGCCACUUGAACCACAUGAUGUUCGAGCUGCUCAAAAAUUCCCUUCGAGCGGUGGUGGAGCGGUACGGGGUGGAGAAUGAGGACAAUUUCCCACCCAUCAAGGUCAUCGUCGUGGAGGGCAAGGAGGACAUUACCAUCAAGAUUAGCGAUGAGGGCGGAGGCAUUCCCAGGUCAGAAAUGUCCCUCGUUUGGACUUAUAUGUACACCACCGCCCAGUCCGAGGAUCUUGACCCCGACUUUCAAGCGAGCGACUUCAAGGCGCCCAUGGCCGGUUUCGGAUACGGACUGCCUCUAGCACGAUUGUACGCGAGGUACUUUGGCGGAGACUUGAAACUCAUCUCGAUGGAAGGGUACGGCACAGACGUCUACCUGCACUUGAAUCGUCUCAGCUCCUCUGCGGAGCCCUUGCCCUGAUUCUGAUUCGAAAAAAAGCAAGAUCAGAACGCAACUCUUGACUUCUGCAGCUGCUCCCUUCCCCAUCGUCUUCAGAUCCCCCUCGCGCCUCGCCUCGCCUCGUGCUGUAAUAUAACUCUGCAUAUCCUUCCUGCACCGCCCCCCUUCCCACAAACAACAUUCUUCAAAAUACAAGCCUGGCAGACG